AUGAAGUCCUCCAGCAUCGCGGUACUCUUGUUUUUAGUUGGCUGCGUGGGAGCUGCUCAGCUCAAAGUGAUUGACGACGCGACCGACGAGUCUGGAGCAGCACGUUCCCCAGUCUAUGGGUACGAAAUCACUUACAAGUCUACGCACCAGAUUGAUGACAUUUACUUUGUUAAGAAUGGCGCGCGGACGAUCCCUUUCAUGGAAUCUUUCCCGACCUACGGCGGCUGCACCCUCACUCAGGGCGGCCCUUGCAACGGAGGUCAUCAGAGCCCGUGGGACUCAUCAGGCAAGGCUGAUAAUUCUGGGUGCUGGUCAUUCACUACUCACAGUAUCUUAUGCGAUCAUGACAUAACCUCCGACGAAGUGCAUAUCGAAUUCUGGUCGGGCGGCUAUUCUUCCACGAGCGGCUUAACUGUGAAAUCAUUGGACGCGGGUGGAUCAGUAAUUGCGACCGUGGCUGAUGUUGGGUCCCGGUCAGGGCUUACUGCUUGCAAUGCGCUCGACGGCGCUGGGACGCCAACGAUUUGUCCGGUCUCCCCUCCGACGACGUACACGCAACCUACUGCUGCGACACCCAGCCCGACCGCUGCGACACCCAGCCCGACCAGCGCCCCCAGCCCGGCAGCUUCUGUGGCUUCUGCCGUUGGCGAUCCUCACUUGCAAAACGUUCAUGGUGAGCGGUUCGACUUGAUGAAGGAGGGCAAUCACGUACUCAUAAGCAUUCCUCGUGGACAGAUCGCCGAAAACGCCUUGCUUCGCGUGCGGGCCGAUGCGCGCCGAUUGGGUGGACAAUGUGCGGAUAUGUACUUCCAAGCGCUGAACGUUACAGGGUCUUGGGCAGAGGCCAGUCAAGCUGGAGGGUAUCGAAUGGCUUUCGGCCCAUUCCGCCACCGCGCCCUGUUUGUAGGUCAAAGGCCUCUUCGCCCGCCUUUGGGCCCUUCUGGGCCCGAGACGGUUGCGCGGGAAGACGCCUGGCGCGCGCUGGGAGCCCCGGGAGAUUUUGAGCUCUCCAGGAUGGAGGACCGAGGCUCGGGGGAUCGAGCCGGGGACCCGAGGACAUUCGAAGCCGUGCCCCGCACAGACGCGGUGGCGGAUCCGAUUCCC